UUGCACCAUCGAUAUAUUUGUUCUCUUUGCGACAUUUCACUGCAAGAUUGCAAUAUGGACAAAUUUUUGAAUCCGUCAAAUAAGAGAGAAGCGACCAAUGAGCCGAGCAUGCCUGGUGCCGAUGAGGCGAAAAAGCGAAAGAAGACAUCGGAGGUAUGGACACAUUUUGACAAGUGCCAAAACAAAAUCUUCGCCAAGUGCCGCCUUUGCGGCAAAGAAUAUAAAACAAGUGGCAAUACUUCCAAUUUGCUGGAGCAUUUAAAACGUGCUCAUCCAGUUAGAUCAAAUGAGUCAUCUAAUUUAAAUAAAAUAGAUCAAUUUUUUUUUCCAUCGAUGGAGAAAAUAUCGAGUGGAGCCACCAUCGAUGGAUUUGCAGCCCUACUGGAGUCGCUUCAGUGUCUUUGCAGUCAGCCUGUGUUAGUGAGGAGUGAUUUUGCGGUGCGAGACAGUCACGAGAUUUUAAGGUAG